AUGGCAUCUGAGAAGCCUAGCUCUAAAGGGCAAGCAUGGUUUUGCACAACUGGGCUACCGAGUGACAUUGUGAUUGAAGUAGAAGACAUGACCUUUCACCUCCACAAGUUUCCUUUGAUGUCGAAAAGUAGAAAGCUUCACCAACUAAUAACAGAGCAAGAAACAAAUCCUACAACCUCAACAACCCAAAGAGAUGACCGACGAGAGCCAGAAGAAGAAAAGGAUGAAAUUGAAGAAGUUCUUUGUCAAAUUUCUCUCCUGGACUUUCCAGGUGGCUCUGAAACUUUUGAGAUGGCUGCCAAGUUUUGCUACGGCGUAAAGGUAGACUUAAACUCAUCUAUCAUCGCUCCUCUUCGCUGUGCCGGAGAGUUUCUUGAAAUGACGGAAGAGUAUUCAGAAGAUAAUUUAAUUUCUAAGACAGAGAGGUUUUUCUCUCAAUAUGUGCUUAAAAGUCUUAAGGAGUCGAUUAAGGCCUUAAAAUCUUGCGAGCGGGUAAUGCCGCCCGCAGAGAGUUUAGGCAUUACUGAGAGAUGCAUUGAUUCCAUUGCUUCGAGAGCUUCCUCUGCCGAUCCAGCAUUAUUAGGCUGGCCGGUUAGCGAAGCAGCAAAUGAGAAUAUGAAAGCUAGUUCCAAUCAGGCCCUAUGGAAUGGGAUUGAAUCCGCGGUGCGUAGAAAAGGAGUUGGUUCUAGAAGCAAUAAUGGGGAUUCUUGGUUUGAAGAUUUGGCACUUUUGAGCUUGCCAUUGUUUAAGAGGUUGAUUUUGGCUUUGAAAAUGGGAGAUCUGAAUCCGGAGAUUGUAGAGAGCUGUUUAAUGUAUUAUGCCAAGAAGCACAUUCCGGGCAUAUCAAGAUCAAAUAGAAAACCAUCUUCUUCAUCAUCUUCACUUGCUUCAGAGGGUGAACAAAGGGAAGUGUUGGAGACUAUUGUUUCCAAUCUUCCAUUGCAAAAAAGUUCUAGAUCUUCCACAGCAACAAGGUUCUUAUUUGGUUUUUUGAGAACUGCUAACAUACUAACUGCAUCUGAAGAUUGUCGGUCCAGAUUGGAGAAGAAGAUUGGGUUACAACUAGAGCAAGCUACACUAGAUGAUUUAUUGAUUCCUAGCUAUUCAUAUUUGAAUGAGACGUUAUAUGAUGUUGAUUGCUUGGAGAGAAUUUUAGGCCACUUCUUGGAUGGACUUGAAGAAGAGAGAAAUGUAGGUGAGAUUGAAGCCAGCGAGGAUGGUGGAGGUGGCAAUGUGAGAUCACCCACUCUAAUGCUUGUUGGGAAACUAAUUGAUGGCUAUCUAGCUGAGAUUGCAUCAGAUGCAAAUUUGAAGCCUGAUAGGUUCUAUAAUCUCGCAGUUUCACUGCCGGAGCAAGCUAGACUUUUCGAUGAUGGCCUCUACCGAGCCGUGGAUGUUUAUCUCAAGGCACAUCCAUGGAUAUCAGAGUCAGAGCGAGAGAAGAUAUGUGGAGCAAUAGAUUGUCAAAAGCUCACAUUAGAAGCCUGCACUCACGCAGCGCAAAACGAGCGGCUGCCAUUGCGUGCUGUGGUUCAAGUUCUGUUUUUCGAGCAGUUACAACUCCGCCAUGCAAUUGCAGGGACAUUGAUGGCAGUAGAGGCUGAUCCUGCAAGGCCCUCCGUGCUAGGGCGGAGGGAGGAAGAGGCAGGGGCAGAGGCAGAGGCAGGGGCUGAAGCAGCAGGGGCAAUGCAGGAGGGUGGUAGUAACACUUGGAGGGCAGCAGUGAGGGAAAAUCAAGUGCUGAGGCUAGACAUGGAUAGCAUGAGGACUAGGGUGCAUCAGCUUGAAAGGGAGUGUUCAACAAUGAAGAAGGUGAUCGAGAAGAUUGACAAGGAGGGUCCUCGUGAGAGUAUUGGAGGAUGGAGAGGAUCCUUGACAAGGAGAUUUGGGUGCAAGUUUAAGACCCAAGUCUGCGAUUCUCAUGAGCAAUCGGUUGUAAAUGCUGGGAAGGGAAGGCAACAACAUCAUCAUCAUCAUCAACAAUAG